AUGAAUGUUUAUGGUGGUUUAGUUGGUAAUAUACCAUAUGAUGCAACAGAGAAAGAACUGAUAGAUAUAUUCUCAGAGGUCGGUAGAGUUGUUUCGUUCAGAAUGGUGGAGGACAGAGAUACAAAGAAACCAAAGGGUUAUGGAUUCUGUGAGUAUCUCGAUCAAGAGACUGCACAGUCUGCUAUUAGAAACUUGAACAACCGUGAGUUGAACAAACGUAAUCUCAGAGUAUCAUAUGCCGACAACGAGAAGGCAAACGAACUGGCAUCUGCACUUGGACUGGGUGUUGUACCCGUCGGUGGUGGCGGUGGUAACGAAUCAAACGCAUCAAUAAGAUCGAUAGGUGGUAGUAGUGGUUACGAUCAACAAUCUCAACAACAACAACAACAACCAAUGAAUCCGCAACAAAUGAAUAUUAAUCCACAACAAAUGGGAAUGAAUCCGCAACAAAUGAAUCCACAACAACAACAACAACAAAUGAUGGGUUUGAAUCCACAACAACAGCCAAUGAAUCCACAAAUGAAUCCACAGCAACAACAGCAACCAAUGAAUCCGCAACAACAACAACAACAAAAGGAUGGAUUACAAAAUAUUAUAGAGAAUACAAAUGUUACACAAUUGUUUGAUGUUAUGACAAAGAUGAAGCAAUUGAUUCAACAGAACCCAGAGAAUGCAAGACAGAUGUUGGUGUCGAAUCCACAGUUAUCGUUGGCGUUGUUACAUGCCCAGCAAUUGAUUGCAAUGAAUCCAAAACAACAACAACAACAGCCAAUUAAUCCACAACAACAACAGAUGAACCAACAACAACCAAAUCCACAACAGCAACAAUUUAAUCAACCAUCUUCACCUAUUUUCCAACAACAACAACCUCAGGUUAAUCCACAACAAAUGGGUAUGCAGGGUGUAGCUACACAAAUGGGAGGUGUUGCGCCACAGAUGGUUGGAGGUAUGAACCGAGGUGGUGUAGGUGUGGGACCGAUGGGGCAAAUGGGUGGAAUGAUGCAAACUGGUGGCAAUAUGAAUGCUAUGCAAGGCGGUGUAGGACCACAACAAAUGGGAAUGAAUCCACAACAACAGCAAAUGGGAAUGAAUCCACAACAACAACAACAGAUGGGUAUGAACCCACAACAGAUGGCUAUGAUGGGGCCAGGUAUGCAACCACAAAAUAUGAAUCCACAACAAAUGGCAAUGAAUCCACAACAACAACAGAUGGGUAUGAAUCCAAAUCAACAGCAACAGAUGGGAAUGAAUCCACAACAACAACAACAGAUGCAAGCAGGAAACAUUCCACCACCACCAAACAUCUCACCGGCAGCAAUGAACAACUGGAAUCAACUAAGCGCACAACACCGACAUUAUUAUAAAAGUUUUGUUUGUUUAGAAAUGUCAUCAUCGUUUGAUGAAAAUAACAAUGAUGAUGACGUAAGAAGAAGAAAAAGAGAGAAGAAAAUAGGUAGUGCAACUGAUGAUGCAAAUGACGAUGAAGAUGGCAAAGAAGAUAAAGAAGAUGACGAUGAAUUAUAUCAACCAUUGGAUGAUGUUUACUAUUCGUUGGAGAUUGAUGCCGAGGACUAUGCCGUGCAUGUUCAACGUGCGGAACGCGAAGCAGAGAGCGAACGACAUCAAGUAGAGUUGCAACGACGUAAAGACGAAGCGAUAGCGCGUCGUCUAGAGCUGCUGGCCGAAGCAAACCGUUUGGAAGCACUACGAAACCAACAGGUGGAGAUGAUCUCGCGCAAAGAGCUGUUGUCCGACCUGUUGGCCAAGCGAAAGCAUCAAACCGAGCGGAUACACCAAUACCGCGAAGCCAAAGAAGAAGCACUCGAGAAUUUCGAGCGGAAACGUGCAGCUGCUCUACAACGACAACAACAAUUGCUAUUAGAACAACAACAGCAACGACAACUACAACUAGAGCAACGGCAACAACAGCAGUUAUUAUUACAGCAGCAACGACAACUACAACUAGAGCAACAACAACAACAACAACGGCAGCUACAACAAAAACAACAGAUGUUAUUGGAACAACAACAACAACAGUUAUUACAACAACAGAUGUUAGAACAACAACAACAAUUACAGCAACAACAACAACUACAGCUACAACAACAGCAACAACAAGAGGAAGAAGAAAGAAGAAGAAAAGAAGCGGAAGAAAGAAAACAACAGGCAAAGAGACAACCGACAGUCAGUAGAGUGUUUCGGAGUUUGUUGACCGACAUAAAGACAUCGUCAAAGAAAUGGACCGGUGCCAAAUAUGAAGGACAAGAAGAGUUCUAUGAUUCGUUGGAGUAUGUUUUGAAUCAGCUGAAGGACAGUGGCGAAUGUUCGUAUCCGUUCUUGAAUAAGGUAAAGGCGAGUGCUGCACCCAAUUACUAUGAGAUCAUAAAGAGACCGAUGGAUCUUGGAUUGAUGACCAAGAAGCUCAAGAAAAUGGAGUAUUCGUCACGCGAUGAAUUCCAAUUGGAUCUGUCGUUGAUCUUCACCAACUGUCGGGUGUACAAUACCGAUCCUACCAGUCGGAUAUUCAUUGAUCACGCCAAUCAACUGGAACGCAAAGCAGUGGAGCUGAUGAAGCUGGUGAAAGACGUCGACUUUUCACUGCAGAAACUACAGGAGGAAGAAGAACGAUCCAAGAAGAAACAACGCACACCUACACUCACCACACCAAACACCACCACACCAACCAUCAGCUCUUGUCCCUCCACCCCAACAUCCAACCCAACCUCACCGGUCAACUCUUCAACUGGUCAAGUAUCACCACCCGACAGUGAAAGUAAUCAACCAAUUGGACAAACUACAUAUCAACAACAAACACAACAACAACAACCUCAACAACCUCAACAAUCUCAACAACCUCAACAACAAUCUCAACCACAAACAAUAAAUAAUAACAAUACACCAGAUCAAAUAAUUUCAAAUGAUAAUAAUAAUAACAAUAAUAAUAAUAAUGUAGAUAUAAUAAGUAGUAGUAAUGUUAAUAUAGAAGAUAUUAAGAUAGAAGAAAUUAAGAUGGAAGAUAUUAAGAUGGAAGAAAUUAAGAUGGAAGAGAUUCAGAUGGAGGAUAUUGGUGAAGAACCGGUGGAAGAUAUUAAACAAACGGAGGAAGAGUUGAUGCAGCAGAUCGAUCAGUUGGAUCAGGAAUUAUCGAUUUUUGAUCAGUAUAAGGAUUUGAGUGGUGAGAUUGAAAGAUUGAAGACUAGACUAUCACCAGAGAUCGUACAGGAAGAAGAGGAGCAGAUGGAGAUGGAAAGUGAAUUACCACCACUGAUAAAAUACAGUGAAGAUCAUUCGAAAAAGUCGACGGAAUGGCGCAAUGCCACUAGAGAUCUGAGAGUUCGACGACUCGAUCAUUUGAUUGGCCAAUCGAAACUACCGUUUGAACAACACGACCUGUUCCUACGCACUCCGAAACACAUGGAAUCAUUCUAUCGACUCUCAAUGCAACAGAUAUAUAGUAAAUCACCACUUUUAAAAGAUAUUAAACAACAACAACAACAACAAUUACAACAACAACCACCACCAAACAACACCAUUCAAAUUCCAGGUGAAUAUACACCACUGCAAAAAUUUGAUAUUGAAAUGAUAAACCUGGAAAUUGGAUUCUUUCCAGAGUAUUCACAUUGGUCCAAUUCCGUUCCAAAUAUUAUGGAUCCUUCACUUCCACCACAAAUAUGUACAGCUUCAACUACAAUCAAUAAUCAUCUUUCAAAAUCAUAUAAUAACAAUAAUAAUAAUAAUAUAAAUUUAGAUUUACAAUUCACAUCAGAAAAAAGAGUGAAUGCUCUUUUAUUUAAAUCGAUUUCAACUAUACUUCAGAAUUCUGGAUUCAUUGGUACUGGACAGGAAGCCUUGAAUGUAUUGAUUGAUGUAGUCGGUUCGUUCAUCGCAAAUAUCGGUCGACUACUCAACCGCUACUCUUCCAACUAUUCAAUUAAACCACAGAACAGAAACGAUAAUUUCCAACUACUCUCACUGGUUCUUCGUCAGCUUGGAAUCAAAGAUUUCACCACACUCAAAGAUUUGAAAGUUGCACAGCCUGUUCCACAAGAAUCGAGUAGUGAUGACGAUGCUAUUUUCAAUCCUCCAGUUAGAGAAGGUUUAUUUGGUCAUUGCCCAAGUCAUAUAGACGAACCUGCUGAAAUAUCAUUAUUUGUAGAUCCAAAACCAAAACAAACUCAACAACAACAACAACAAUUUAUGAUGCAAGUAGCUUCCACUUUGAAACCGAUCACUUCAAAUUAUCAACCGAAUCAAGCUCACUUGCAACCAGUUUCAUCCAUGCACAAACCUAUGCCAUAUCAACUACAACAACAACAGAUUCUUGCUCAACAACAACAAUUGGUACAACAACAACAACAUCUCCAGAAACAAAUUCAAUCACAAUUUCAACAACCGAUUCAAGCUAUUCAACAACCAACAACCAUUCAACCACAACAACCUCAGCAACAACCACAACAACAAUCACAAACAACUCCACAGCCAAUUCAACAACCACCACAACCGCAGCAACUACAACAACAGCAACAACCACAACAUAUACCAAUUGCACCAAAUCAACCAACAUCCAAUUUACCAGCGGCACCUACACCAGCCAGUUCAAAGGAAACUCCUCCAAAGGAAUCAAAGAAAAAGAAAGCAUCGUCAGAACCCAAACAAAAAACACAAAAGCUCAAGAAACAAAAGAAGGAAACCGCUUCCAAACCACCAGAUACUUCCGCUGUCGCAACAGCGGCCACUUCAGUUGUUGGCUCGCAGAUUCCAGCUACAACCAAUGUUAAUCCUCAGACUCCAAUCGAAACCGCUGUGGUAACACCAAUCCAAAAUAUUAAUACAGCUUUAACGCCACUUCCACAACCUCCGACUGCACCCGAAUCUAAACCAGUUCCUCCGAAACCAACAGAAGUCAAAGAGAAGAAAAAGAGAGGUCGUCCACAUAAGAAUGCACAAGCAGCAGCAGCAGCGGCAGCACAGGCUCAAGCACAAGCGAAUCAAUCAUAA